AUUUUUAUGCUUGUUCUUGUUUGCUUCUCAAUAUUACUAAGUUUUUGCCUGGAAAGCCAUGUUUAGUAUGUUUCCUCUGCACUUUAGUAUUGAACAUUAUCAAAGACAAAAAUCUCCCGUUUCCUUGUCCGCUUGAGAUUGCCAUUUGACUGUUUUGCUGUUCAAUUAAUUGAAAGGAUUCUGCAGUUUUUUUGGGACUGAUUCCCUUGCACAGACUCGGUUUAAACAAGAGUGUUCCUCAAAACGGUUCAAGUCCAAGCACAUUCUUUCUCAUUGCAACCUUUUGGCUGGUGGGACAAGGGCACACGGCUUCUAGCACAAUUAGUUUUAGGAAGGAUUGAAUGCACCCAAAGUAUAUCAUUCUAUGGCUCUGAUCUAUUUUCUGGUGUAGAAUAGUCUUGUAGUCAUUACCCAGAAAGAACUUUGCUGCACUAGCUGGUAAACAAGCACGGCCAUCUGAAUAGUUUAAGCUUUCCCUUUGCAACCUUCGUCUCUCAUCUCCUUGUCCUCUCUUUGGCAGAAGGCACUCGUAAGAGAUUCUUUGGCAUGAUGUUUGACAAUCCCUAUGGUGAACAGCUUUAAGAACACGCAUUGCAGGCCCAAGCAUAGAAAACGUUAUUUGGGUUCUAAUUCCAAAAAUAAAAAACCAAAAAGUGACACCACCAAUGCUUGCUAUUGGAAAUGGAUAAAAUUAGGGAUAAUUGUAUUGAUCAUACACCAGUGCUCUGUUUUGCAGCCAAGAUGAGGGGUGCUUUCCUAGCAUUGUUUUUUCUUUCAUGCCAUGCUGCGGCUGUUCAUUGCUAUGGACGAAUUGGGUUCGAUCCACUCGGGAAAGUUUUGGAUGCGCACUUGUCGAAAAAGGCAGAGUCUGGUAGUCAUUCUGCUCCCGAGUUGAUUGCCAGAGAGUAUUUACCAGUGUACGUAGGCCCUCAAGAUGGACUGAAAGCUGCUGACAAGAUUGAAAGUUUGCCGGGGCAGCCUAAUGGAAUGAACUUUGAUCAGUACUCGGGAUAUGUCACUGUUGAUCCGAAAGCUGGCAGGGCGCUGUUCUACUACCUUGCAGAGUCUCAGGACUCUUCUAGCAAGCCUCUUGUGCUGUGGCUAAAUGGAGGACCCGGUUGCUCGUCGUUUGGAAAUGGAGCAAUGAUGGAACUUGGCCCAUUUCGAGUCAAUAGUGAUGGUAAAACUCUAUGGGAAAACAAAUAUGCUUGGAACAAUGCUGCAAACAUCCUUUUUCUGGAGUCUCCAGCCGGUGUUGGAUUUUCUUACUCGAAUACAACAUCAGAUUACGACAAAAGCGGCGAUGCAAUGACUGCAGCAGAUUCAUACAGCUUUCUUGUCAACUGGCUGGAAAGGUUUCCUGAAUACAAAACCAGGGACUUCUUCAUAACUGGAGAGAGUUAUGCAGGACACUAUAUCCCUCAGCUUGCUGAACUAAUCCUUCACAACAACAAGAUCACUAACCAAACUGUCAUCAACUUAAGGGGAAUAGCUAUGGGAAAUGCAUACGUAGAUUAUGAAACAACAUACACUGGGAUAUUCGACUUCUUCUGGUCGCAUGCUCUCAUAUCCGAUGAAAUUCAUGAGGGAAUUGUUUCAAAUUGCAAUUUCUCAGGGAGUGUAAAUGUGUCAGAUGCUUGCAAUAACUAUAUCUCUGAAGCACUUGAUGCUAAGGCCAACGUUUUCUUCUACGACAUCUAUGCUCCUUUGUGUUCAUCACCGCCUUCGAACUCUCCCUCACUAUCGGCAUUCGAUCCGUGCUCGGAUAACUAUAUCUUCUCCUACUUGAACAUUCCUAAGGUGCAAAAAUCUCUUCAUGCAAAUGUAACUGGUCUUCCAGGACCCUGGGAUAGCUGCAGCUCCCUUAUCAGCUGGAAUGACUCGCCACUGACAGUGUUGCCUACCAUCCAGAAGCUGAUGAAUAGUGGUAUUAGUGUUUGGAUUUACAGUGGAGAUACUGAUGGUAGGGUGCCAGUUACAUCGACUAGAUAUGCCAUUGACAGGCUUCAAACUUCAGUCAAGACUCCAUGGUACCCAUGGUACCUGAAUGGCGAGGUUGGUGGGUACGCUGUUGGGUACGAGAACCUGGUGUUCGUGACGGUGAGGGGAGCCGGACACUUUGUUCCGAGUUAUCAACCAGCAAGAGCACUGGCAUUCUUCUCAUCCUUCUUGGAAGGGAAGCUUCCACCCUCGAAGUAAGAAGAAGAAGAAGAAGAAGAAGAAGAAGAAGACAGUGAAGGUUGCUA